AUGGUUUGAAUAAGCUCAUCUUUGGAAUUAUUAAAAUCAUAGGUGGGGAAACAGGGUCCUCAGUUUCAUCCUAAAGACACAGCACUUUCUUUCCUAAAUAUACUGGUUUUCUUUUGUCCUAGAAAUCCAAUGGGCUACUUUUAUGGGGGAUGAAAACCAAACCACAGAGAUCCAGUUCCACUUUCACCCAUUUUCCCCCAUCCUGGAGGUCCAGAUGUUUAUUUUUGUGCUUUUCCUGCUGCUGUAUGCUGGCAGCCUCUUUGGUAAUGCCACCAUCUCUCUCACUGUCUGGGCUGAGCCUUCGCUCCACAUUCCCAUGUAUUUCUUUCUGGCCAACCUGGCAGUGCUGGAGAUCUUUUACUCUUCCACUGUCGCCCCUCUGGCUUUGGUCAACCUGGUGGCCAUGGGGAGGGUUCCCAUCUCCUUCGCUGGUUGUGGCACUCAGAUGUUCUUCUUUGUUUUUCUGGGUAGUGCUGACUGUAUCCUCUUAGGGAUCAUGGCUUAUGAUCGGUUCGUAGCAAUCCGGGAUCCUUUGCGUUACACCCUCAUCAUGAGACGACAGCUGUGUGCCCAGCUGGCUGGGGGAGCCCUGGUCCUUGGUUUCAUCCUAGCCUUACAACUGACAGUUCUGAUCUUCCAUCUGCCAUUUUGUGGCCACAACAGAAUCACCCACUUCUACUGCGAUGUGCUGCCCAUCCUGAGGUUGGCAUGCGGGGAUACUCGGAUGCAAGAAGCCAUGAUCUUCAUCGUCAGCGUCAUCAUCCUCACCAUCCCCUUUUCCCUGAUCUCCAUCUCCUACAUCUUCAUCAUCACUGCCAUUUUGAAGAUCCGCUCGGCCGAAGGACGGAACAAAGCCUUCUCCACUUGCUCCUCUCACCUGACCGUGGUUCUUCUUCAGUAUGGUUGUUGUAGCCUCAUCUACUUACGCCCCAGCUCUAGCUACAACCCAGAGAUGGGUCGCGUGGUGUCUGUUGUCUACACCUUUGUCACCCCUGUCUUGAAUCCUUUGAUCUACAGCAUGAGAAAUAAGGAGCUGAAAGAUGCCCUGAACAAGGUAGUGAGAAGACAUUUGUUGCAGUAGGAAAUGGGCUUCUGGUCUCAUGCAAAUGGCAGGAAAUGGAACCGUGAGGGAUUAGAUGACUUCAAUAUUUACUACUUCCUCCUGCUCCAGUUUCUCUUUCUCACUCCCAAAGACAGAGCAAGCUCCUGAAGGUGAUAUUUCAUCACUUGGAGUACGUUCUCCAUGGACAGGUAUUUGUGUGUUUAGCACACUAAUCCAUCCCUAGUGCUUAGCUAGGAUAGACACUCAGUAUAUAUUUAUCCACCUGAUGAAUUCAUCUAGAUGAUAGCAAAUAACUUUGCUGGGUUUUUAUGUUAUAUUUCCCAGAACAGUAUAUAGAGCUUUGCCAUAAUAGGCAUUUAACUAAUAUUUAGAGAAUAACUAAAAUUUAUGUCUUCUAAGAACCCUAAUGAUUUUUCAAGUUUCCAUUCAUAAGAUCUUUUCUCCCCUUCUGUAGACUGAUCCUUGGGAAUAUUUACUGUAAUGUUUCCAAAAUUGAAAAUUAGAAAAUGACAUCUUCACUCCUUUCUUCUCAUUUGAAUGAGAAAUUCAUUUCUCAUUCUUUUUCUUUCUUCACUCCUUCUUUCCUAGCUCUUUCCUUCCCUUCUGUUUUCUCUCUCUCUUUCCCGUUCAUCAAUUUGAUGGUUUUACAAUGGCAACUAUUUAUCUUAUUUGCAUUUUUUAUUAAUUAAAUUCAUCUUCUCAUGUAUUUUGUGGCCAUUUGUAAUUUUGGGGGCAUUUUUCGAAGGCACUUAAAAAUUUUAGGAUUCAACUUUUAAGUCUUCGUAUUGUAUGUCAACAAUUCCUAAAAUUUGUGGAAAAUAU